CCAGGCUCUGUUGUUCCAUUUCUCUUCCUGUUGUUGUUCAUUCUAGAUCUUCCUUCGUACACGUCCAGUUGAUGGCGGCUCAGCAGUGGGCCAAUCUCUUCGGCAAAGCCGGCGAGAAACCUGCAGCGGCAGCAGGGCAGGGCACUGGCAUCCAGGCGCGCAAGAAGUUUGCAGUCGAAGACACCACGGUGGAAAAGAAGGCCGACCUCGCCUUGAAGUUAGGCGUCAUCAAUGCCCAAAGGAACCGCCUCCUCGAGGCUGCGUGCACGUUUCAGUUCACGCUCAAGGUUGCCGACCCGAUUUUCUGCGCAAUGAAGCAGGCCCAGGAGCAAGAAUACCUCCCUCGUGUGAAAGGCAACAAGGGGCACGGUCUCGGCGCCCCCGACAGCUUCAUGUUCUUCGGAGUUGUACUCGUGUUGAUGCCUCGUGCCAGUGACCCCCAGCAGGCUAUCUUUCGCAAGUUUUUAAAUAACUUUGUGCCUGGCAGCCUCCAGUCCCAGCUCCUCGUCAAACUCUUUCGUACUGAAAAACAUGUACGAUUCUAAGGUGCGCAGGCUGAUGGUCGCGAUUAACGAUCCGAUCCUCGAGGCCACUGUAAUCACUUUGUUGCAGGGCACCGAUGAAGCUACUGUUUUUACUGGUCCCAGGCCAGCUGGCUAUCUCGAGCUCGAGGGACAGGCGUUGAUCACCCAAAAGUAGAGCGUCGGAACAGCAGCUGUUUGGGAGAGUGCACGGCCGCGCGCCGACGUCCGCCGAGAGGCGCCGUCGCUGGCGCCCUCCUGUCGAGGAGUGCCGAGUUCUCGCAGCGAGGGGGUUACCCCGAUUUUCUCCCCAGACCGUCGGAGCCUCGGUCUCAGUGGAGCCUUACCUUACCUUACCUCCUCCUCCUCCUCCUCCUCCUCCUCCUCCUCCUCCUCCUCCUCC